AUGCCAAGAACGGCGCUGAGAGUGCAGGGCGCGUCAAGAUCGACCGCGUGGACAUUCCGUGCCGACAGGUCUAAGCAGGAGUCCGAUUCUGACACCUCUGAGCCAUUGCCCGCAUACAGCCCGCGAGAGGAGGAGGGCAGUAUGCAGGCAAACGGCCAUUACUUUGAACAUCCCCGUUCACCGCCCGUGUAUGAGAGCUACGAUGGCAGCGGCUAUGGCAGUCCGGGAUCAAGUGCCAGGAGCUCUGCACGCUACAGUCACAACAAUGCUGUCCAGCAUAGCAGCAAGCUGAGGCCAGGCUUUCUGGACGAGUCCCGAACGUCUAGUGAGGCUAGUCCCUUACCAUAUGUGACUCCAGCGGUAGGCAACGCACAUUACGAUGGAUUCGACUUUGGCCCGUCGUUACAAGCGCAGGAUCAAACGCGCAGCCCUCCGACCAACAUAGAUGACUACAAGUUUCCACUGCCUCACACGGAAAGCCACCAGAUCAGCCUCAACACACGCCUGCACGACCACAAUCACGAUGCCGUGGGACAGCAUCUGCUGUACGAGAACGCGCUCUUGGACACGCAGGCAUUCCAGAUAUUGGAUAUCAAUGAGGUCGAUGAGCUGAAGAAAGAGCAAGCCAGGCUGAAUCAGAGGAUUGAAGCAGCCAACCGGAAGCUGACCCUGGAGACGAAGGUAAAGGAUGCAGCGCGCAAUCUCCAGAGGCUAUACUCUUCGGACAAGAAGGAGGGACGACCGGACACCCCGCAAAGCCCAGACAGCCCACGCAAGCACAGGGCCAGUCUGCUUGGGAACAGAAGCAGGACCGGUAGCAACGGUGCUGAAACCCUACACCAAGCCGAAGAUGAGGUCGCGCAGAGCAUCAAAAAAGUGGACGAACUUCACGAGCAAAUCAGAUCCCUUUUGGAGAGGCGCCAGAUCGUCGAGCGCUCACUAUUACGCCACACCGCCGCUGUUCUUGCAGCACAAGCCAGCCAGCAUCCCGCACAGAGAACAGACGCUUUGACGAAUGGGCAUCGUGGAUUCGACGAGGAUGAAUUGCAUCUGGCUGGACCCGACGAGUUUGAUGGUAUACGAGAUAUUCUUCGGGGCAAACCUGCUCCCUCGAGUAAGCAAGGUGUCCAGAAACUACAGACCGACCAUGAGCAACAGCUUCACAGCAUGCAGGAUCGGUUGGAGCAGCUGAAUACGCAGCUUCGGUCUGUCAUUGAAGAGGCAAGCCAGACUCGUGGCAGAUCUGCUGCGCCGGAGCCUGCCCGACCCACGCACAAGGACCCAAGUGAGCGUCUUGCCAGCAUGUUCGACGUCAUCGAGCGUAACAUGCAGACUCUGGAUUCAGAGCAGGGAGAAAUCAAGGCGCUUUAUGCGAGAGUGCAGGACAGUGCCUCUCAAACUAGGAAUGCCGUGGAAGAGCAGCUGGAGGCUCUUAGUUCGCAGCUAUACGCAACACUGCAGAUUUCAGCGCAGAUGGAUUCUGUCAAGGACUUUCGACAGCCACCGCAAGCCACUGGUCAUGGCUAUGAUCACCAGCUGCAGUAUCUCGAGGACAGCCUUCUCGCAAUCGGUCAGCUGCUGCAACAACACAACCAGGAGUUGGCUACUGCCCGCGCAGCAGGUAGCGGCAUGGAAGAGGCACAGACCAAAGCUGAAACACACUCGAAGAAGUUGACCGAGUAUGAGACCGUCCUCGCUGGCCUAUGGGACAUUGUCGCAGCAGAUAGCCCGAGUGGCGACGACUCUGCCGGUGACCGUUCGGCGUCAAGCCCGCUCAAAGAAGAUUUUUCGAUACAGGCUUUUAGCUCCCGCGUCCAGCAUAUGUCCAGUGUAGCGGCCAGCGCGCGGGAACAGCAGGACAUACUUCGUCGACAGAUUCAGCAGCAGCGCGACCUCAAUGGCAAGGUGGACGUCGAGAAGGAGGCCGAAGUCGCCGAUAUGCAAAGCAAAUAUGACCGACUUGAAAGUGCAUAUGAUGCAACGCAGCAGGAACUUGCCAAUCUGAUGGUCCGCCACCAAGAGGCAGAAAAGGAGUCCACCCGGAAUCGCGAGGAGCUGGUCAAUGUCAUGAAUGAGCUGGAGCAGAUGCGCCAUACGGUCGAGCAGACACAGACUAGGCAGAAGGAGAUCGAGCAAAGACACGCGCAAAUGUCCGCUGCAAGUGCUCAGUUGUCCACAGACAAAGAGACUGCCGAGCAGCGACAUUCUGAUUUGCAGAAAGAAAUGGAGACGCAAGAGUCCGAGCUUGUUCGCCUCAUGACUGAAUUGACGAUGGCGCGCGCUGAGCUUGAGGCCGCUCAUGGCUCCAGAAGCGAACGCAAGAAAGAGGCCGGCAUGGCCGCAGGCGAGAUGGACGCACUGCAGAAGCUCAAAGACCAGGAGAUCGAAGACUUGCAGAAGGCUCACGAACAGCGCGUUGAGACGAUGCGACGAGAAUACGCCGACCGUGGCAAGCUGUUGGAGAGCGAGUUGGAGGACAUGACGAAUGAGUUCCAAGAGAUGACGCGUGAGAGUCUUGAGCUGGAGAAGGAGCGCGAGAAGCUUGAGGGCUUGAUCGACAGCCUGCGCGAGCGAUGUGAUGAGCUUGAGGCACAGCUCGGUGACGAGAAGAUGAAGUGGAUUGGGAUCAAGAGUCCUGGUGGAGUUGAUCCUGGUGCGCCUAGAGAAUCAACCAGCGUCAUGGUCCUGAGACAGGAGUUCAAGAAGAUGAUGCGCGAGGCACGAGGCGAAGGCGUCCGUCUAUUGCGAACCGAGCAAGAAGAGCGUCGUAAACUCGAGGCUGAAGUCCGCCGCAUGCGACAAUCGCAAGGUCCGAUGUCGCGAAGCACAGCAACCAACGCAACACCAGUCCUCAACGUCAGCAACGCCUCCUCUGCGCACAGCCAUACGGGCUCCAGCACAACCGGUGGUCUCUCCAGCACACCCGAUACGUCUACCCUAUCACCCUCCAGUGCCGCUACCAUGACGGCGAAGCCGACGACGACUGCAUCCUCAGGUUGA